AUGCCUUCGUUGAAACUCAUUGACCCUGCGCCCAAGCGCCCCAAAACCCCGCUGUCACUCUCCGAUCCCUCCGACCAAGCAAAACUCGAGGACCUGCGGAAGAAAUUGAAGGCACUGGAAGACAGUGUCUCAAUUCUGGAGCGAGACAUGAAGAGCAGAUUCAUUGUAGACUGCAUUCAAGAUAUCAAAGAUUCCCAUGAAAAAGAACACUGGCUGGUCGAGGCUACGAGCAAAAUGAUAACCGAGACAAAUCCGCACGCAAAUCCGCCCGCAAAUCCGAAGUCUGACGCUGCGAAGUUCCUCAUGCCUGUGGUUCAGGAUGCGGUGAGCGAAACUUCAUGUAACAUCGACGAUGGCUUGUUCCAUAUCAAGAACCUAGAGAAGCAGCUGGAACAGGUGGGGAAAAACAUUAAACUAGUGUUGGCGGCUGUGGAUGCAGCUACAGAUGAGUAG